ACCGUAACCUAACCCUGCGUGGCCUCUGGGCAGUGUUUAAGCUGAUGUGAGCAGUAGCCCGUAUCUGCUUUCUGUGCGUUGAAAAGUACACGGUCCAGGAUGAUGAAGGAGCAUCUCUUUUUAGAUUGGGUCCUUGGUUGGCUCUGGGUGGCCUUACUCCAGCGUCAACAUUGAGGUUCUGCAGAAGUUGGGGAAGACUGUGGAAACCAAAGAUGAACGGUUUGAACAAAGUGCCAACAACUUCCACCAGCAACAGGCAGAAGGCCAGAAGCUCUACAAGGACCUGAAGAACUUCCUUAGCGCCGUCAAAGUGAUGCAUGAAAGCUCAAAAAGAGUGUCAGAAACCCUGCAGGAGAUCUACAGCAACGAGUGGGACGGUCACGACGAGCUGAAGGCCAUCGUAGGGAACAAUGAUCUCCUUUGGGAAGACUACGAAGAGAAAUUAGCUGACCAGGCAGUGAGAACCAUGGAAAACUACGUAGCCCAGUUCAGCGAGAUCAAGGAAAGAAUUGCCAAGCGGGGUCGGAAACUUGUGGACUAUGACAGUGCCCGACACCACCUGGAGGCGUUGCAGAAUGCCAAGAAGAAAGAUGAGGCCAAGACUGCCAAGGCAGAGGAAGAGUUCAACAAAGCCCAGAGUGUGUUUGAAGACCUGAACCAGGAACUGCUGGAGGAGUUGCCUGCUCUGUAUCACAGUCGUAUUGGCUGUUACGUGACCAUCUUCCAGAACAUCUCCAACCUGAGGGAUGUCUUCUACAGGGAGAUGAGCAAGCUGAACCACAGUCUCUACGAGGUGAUGAGCAAACUGGAGAAGCAACAUUCCAACAAGGUCUUUGUGGUGAAGGGAGUAUCAAGCAGCAGCAGACGCUCUUUAGUCAUCUCUUCCCCAGUUCGAACAUCCGCAGUCUCCAGCCCUCUCACCCCACCUACCAGUCCCUCCGCGCUUUCUUUGAAGAAUGAAGGGGACUCCAUCUCAGCAAGUGAAGAAGAGCUGGCAUCUGAUCUGGCCCCGCGAGAAGAUGAUGCUGAGAUUAAAGAGCCCUUAAAAGACCAGGAAGAAGAAGUGGAAGAGUCUGAAGCUAGCUCCUCCGAGGAGGAAGAGCCUCUGCCAGCUUGCAACGGCCCCACCCAGGCCCAGCCCUCUCCCACCAUUGAGGACGGCAAGUCCCAAGAGGAAGCGCUCCCUGGCUCCCCAUCUCCAUCACCAGGCGGACCCCUUCUCCCUUCAGAACAGCCCUCAUCUCCCCCAGAAGUGGUCCUCCGAACCCGCACCUCAAGUGAAGGGUCCGAACAACCGAAGAAGAGAGCCCCUGUCCAGAGGACCUCCGCACCUCCUAAUAGGCCGCCUCCGCCCAGAGCCACUCCCAGCCCCAGGCACUCCUUGGGGAACCUCCCCUCCAGCCCUCCAGCCUCUGAACAGGGCUCGCCCACCAGUCCUAGGGCCCUCUUGGAGGCUUCUCCUGACCCCCAGCCACCAGAGAAGCCAGUAAGAACUCCUGAGGCCAGAGAAAAGGAGAACAUCAGCAAUCUGAACCCAGAAGAACUUUGUACUUCCCCUACCUUGAUGUCCUCUGAGGUUUUUUCAGAGUCUGACAAGGCAAAGAAGAUAGAAGACAAGGAAGAGAACAAGAAGCUGGGCUUUGCCGACUCCCCUGAGAGCCCAGAUCAGCUUCACGUCUCCGCAGUUCCAGAAGAGAGCGAUGUCAUGGCACCUGAGCCUCAAGAAGAGGUAACUACAGUGCAAAAUGACUAACUCUGAAGAGAUACUGCCGAGCUACCCCCCCCCCCCCCCCCCCCGCAGCACACACCUCCCCAAGAAGCUCCUCAGCUCAAGGGUACAGGUCAGAGGGACUUAAGAUCUAGCAUUCAUUUUUAGGUUCUUCACCCGUGUGAAUGCUGAUGGUCUCUAAAGAUCUAGCAUUAAUGGGGGCUGAGGAGCAGACUUAGGGGAGGGAGGGAGGCAGGCUUGGGAGAAGAAACCAUUAGACUCGGGGAGUAUUUAACUCAGGCUUUAGCAUUGUCAGAAUAAGAAGACUUUAUAUGUUAAUUAAAGUAGGCGGAAAAUGACCAUAAAUUAGCAAAAGCAUCUAUAGACACAGACACGUCUGCACAGAGACCCAUAACCACACGUACUUAGAGAACAGCGGACAUAUCUUUGACUCACCACUCAUUGGCAAGACCUCGAGCCAGAAGAACAGAUUUGCAGACAAUAAAUAAAAGUAUUAUUCGAA